CUUUCCCGAUUAUUUCCAGUGAACAGUAAUUGUGUUACUUGUAUUACGCCCAAUUAUGCAGUGGGUCAUACUUCUGGUAGCCGUCGUUUUCAUCUCCAGCUCGGAUGGAUGUUCUCGUCUCUGCCCGUGCCGACGCGAGAUCGAAAACAUCACCCAGCGCAUUGAUUCCUUGGGCCGCGUGGAAAACACACUCAUCCACCAGCUGUCUAUGACGAUGAGGAACAUGACCAAAAACAUGGACCUGCUCUUGAGGGACGCAGCCUCAAACCAAAAAAUGCGCGAAGCUUUAACUCGUCUUACGGAGAAAGUUGAUGACAUGGCGUAUGAAAUACAAGAUGUUAACACUGGAGACGAGAACUGUACAGAUGUGGAAAUACCAGCGGGUAAACAGUCCUUGGAAGUUGGUUUCAAGGAAAACAACACCAAAGACCUCCAACCUGAAGACGACGAGAAGGCGUGUCCCGCCACCUGGGUUGCGCAUGCCGGCUCCUGCUAUUUCUUCCAGCUGAGCAAGCAGAGACUGACGCAGGAUUCCGCCAAUGAAGCCUGCAACUCCAAAUAUAAGGGCAGUUCUCUGGUAGCCAUAGAAAGCGUGGACGAAUAUAAUUUCCUACAGCAGUAUUUGAGCAGUCGCUACUCUUCCAUUAGAAGCAGAACGACCAAUGGUUGGUUGACGUCCGGGAAAAAGGUGAACGGACAGUGGGUAUGGACAACAACCGGUGGUCCGAUAUCUUCGGGUAUCACAUGGGCUGCUGGUCAACCGAAUGGUCAAACAUGCGUAUCACUUUGGCCCUCCUCUGCUUUCAAGAUUGCUGACGUCUACUGUUCGAGCUACGAUCGUCAGUUCAUUUGUGAAAUUUGAACGGGGUCAGUUAUAGCGUAGGCCGAUCAUACCAGUAGUACUGGAUUCCAGGAAUGGAAAUCUUGCAGCCGUACCUUUGAUGUACCUUUGAUGUCUAUUUUCGCAACUAAACCUAAUAAAGAAGUACAUACAUUUUUCAGCAGA